AUGAUGGAUGACUCUCCUUUACCAUUUAAUACAACUAAAGCUUAUUAUGAAAUUAUUCCAGGAUCACAGACAAAAAUCAAAAGAAAUUGGUUAUCCUAUAGUCAUGAACAUAACUCUUUAUUUUGUUCAAUAUGUUUAGUAUACUGCUCUAAAUCAUCAGCUUUUACUAGCGAUAGUGGAUUUAGCAGAUGGAUUCAUGUUUAUGAGCGUAUUAAAGAUCACGAAGAGUCAAAAAACCAUAGAGAAGCGUCAAAAUGUUUCAUGGCUGAUCAAUGUGGUAAAAGUGUUGAUGAAUUAAUAGAAAGAGUGCAGUGGGUUCAGAGGGAAAAUGAAGUGAUGAAGAGAAGAAGAGUAGCUCAAAUAAUUAUUGAUAUUGUUAAAGUAAUUGGAAAACAAGGAUUACCUUUCAGAGGAUUCAGAUAUGAGUCUGCUUACGAUUUAAAAAAUAUAUCAGUAAAUCAUGGGAAUUUUUUGGAAAUAGUAUUAUUGAUAGCAAAGUCGAAUGUAGAAUUAAGUGAUCAUAUUACUAAGGCAAUAGUUGAAAGUGAAAAGAAGUUGAAAAGAGGUAAAUCUGGUAGAGGAAAUUUGUUUACUUUUUUAAGUCACAAGACUGUAACAAAUGUAAUUCAAACUAUUGGCGAAUUAUUGUUGUCUAAGAUAUCUAAAGAAGUUAAUGUGGCUAACAACUAUUCCAUUACAAUGGAUACAACUAUGGAUGUUUCAACUCAUGAUCAAUGUGUAAUUGUUUUGCGAUAUUUGAAAGAGAAUGUCGAAAAUGAAAAAUCUUCAGUAGAAAUUAAGGAAAGAGUUAUAGCUUUGAAAAAAGUAAUUUCCUCUUCAGGACAAGGCUUAUUUGAUUUAUUAGAUAAAUGUAUUGCAGACGCCUUUGAUGGAGCCGCUAAUAUGAAUGGAGAGUACAAUGGAGUCCAGGCAAAACUUAAAGAACUGCUUCCAAGGCACAUUCAUACAUGGUGCUAUGCUCACGUAUUGAAUCUUGUACUGCAACAAACAACUUCGAAAUCUUAUAAAAGGCUCAAUGUUUAUGAAUGUCAAAGUAAUUCUGGCCGUCAAUCACAUUUGAUAAAUAUAGGUGUAACUAGAUGGAGGUCUAAAAAUGAUGCCCUCAUAAAAAUAUUUGGUCGUAUUAGUAUGUGGACAAAUGAAGGCGAAAAUGAAGAAAGAAAAAAACUGACUUAUGUGUCAAUUGUUUUAGCACUUUAUGAAAUAUCUUUUUCUAAUAGUUUUGCAGCUGGUGUAAAAAUUACAGCACGAAGUUUACUAAAUCGACUCACGAGUUAUGAAACAACAUUAACAGCUAUGAUGUUUUUCCAAAUAUUUAAGUUCACUACUGCUCUGUCUGAUUAUUUACAAACAUCUAGUCUUGAUUAUAUACAGGCCUGGCGAAAAUUUAAUGCAGCUGCAAAAGAAUUUUCAAUAUUUACAUCCGAAGUUAUAUGGAAACACGAAACAGAAAUUGAUAUUGAGUUAGAAUUACCUCAAAAAAGAAGAAUAAACAUUCCACGACGUUUUGAAGAUAACCCCAACAUUGACCCGGAAAUUGGAGCUUAUCCAGAAAAAAUUUAUGAAAUAAAAACUUUUAGUGUCGUUAUGGAUACUACUAUUGCUUGUUUAGAGAACAGAUUUUCUGGUAGUAAUGAGUUGUAUGGUGAUUUUGAACUAUUUGACCCAAGGCGAUUUAUAAAUAUCAGACAAAAUGGAAUACAUUCACAUGGCUUAAACGAGAUUUGUGAACUAUUACCACAUAUUGAUAAGCAUGCAUUAAAAGAACAAUUACUGUCAUUUGCCGAAUUCUGGCCUAAAAUUUCAAAAACAAAUAUCAAUGACGUAGACGAUAUAUAUAAUCAAACAGUACAAGAUGAAUCGGACUUUGAAGAUUACAUGCAAAAUGAAAACAUUGAAGAAAAAUGUACAAAUAUAAGAAAAUGUAACUCGUGUUUAUUGUGCGUGACGAACAUAAUUUAUGAGUUUAAUAUGUAUUCUUUGGAAUAUAAAGAACUCUUCGACGUAUACAAAUUUUUGUUGACUAUUUCUUUAACUCAAACAACCUGUGAGAGGUCAUUCUCCAAACUGAAAUUGAUUAAGACGCGAUUGAGAAGCACAUUAAUUCAACCAAAUUUAGAAUCAAUAUUCAUCAUGAAUUGCGAACGUGAAUUAGUAGAUGAAAUAACUAAUGACGAAAUAAUAGAUUCCAUGUGUGAGAAAAGUUUAGAAAUGUUUAGAUUAUUAAAAAUUUGUAUUUAUUUGUUAAUUUUGUAG